GAUUGAGAGUAUCUGUGGAGCAGUGAAGAGCUGUAGAGUUUGGUGAAGUUCUGCAGGGUUUCUGAAAGAGGCACUUGAUUUGGUUCUAGUCUUGGAUGAUCGGUUUUCAUGGCUAUGAAGGAGUUUUUUGUUUGGAAAGGGCUCAUUUUAGUCCUUUUUCUCUUUGCUGUUGAUGGGCAGACAUCAGGACCAUCCUUCUUGGUGACGUUUUCUGCAGUGAUCAAGUCUGGCUCUAUUGCCAAAUUGUGUGCAAGUCUUUUAAAACCCAAUGAGAGUCUUGCAUUGACCAUCUAUCUGGUUGAUGACAAAAACCGGACCACACAGCUCGUGCAGCAGAGAUCUUCAACGGAGUUUCACCACUGUUUUAGUUUCCAGGCUCCUCGUGUAGAUGGAGAAUUAGUGCAGAAACUGAGGGUGGUACUUCAAGGGAGGUUCUUCAAAAUGACUGAAGAGCGGAAAGUCAUGUUCAGACGUUACCUGCCUUUGACCUUCAUCCAAACCGACAAACCCAUCUACAAUCCAGGACAAAUGGUGAACUUCAGGGCUGUGACCAUGGAUGCUAAAUUUGUGCCUCUUGAUCAAAUGGUAAUGCCUGAUCUGCUUCUAGUUUUACCGAAGUUUGACAUCACCUUGACUGCACCACAGAUGUAUAGUGUGGGAGAUGUGGGACUGAAAGUUGAGGCUUGUGCCAAUUACACAUAUGGGCAACCUGUACCUGGUCAAGCGUUGGUGGAAGUGUGUCGUGAGCCGUUCCCGUACGCUGUGGUACCUGGCCUGUCUCGUGUGUGUCUUAUCAAAACUGCUAUGAUGAACAACACUGGCUGUGUUUCCCUUACCAUCAGUACGUCAGAGUUUUUCAACACCAAAUUUGAAAAUGACCUGCAAGAUUCAUUUCUAGUUAACCUGAAUGUCACUGAGGAGGGAACAGAUGUAAUGAUGUCAAAAUCCACAACUGUGUCCAUUACGUUUGAAGUUGGCAAGGUCACGUUUUUGGACCUCCCAGGUUUCUUUGCCUAUGGAUCAAUGGUUAACGGAAAGAUCUCCGCAUCUUAUUUCAAUAGGACGCCAAUCGCAAGCAAGGCUGUCUAUCUCCUGGAUAGGAGCCAAUGGCCCAACAAACUGCUGCUGAAUCUGACUACGAACAUGAAUGGACUGGCCGCCUUCUCCCUCAACACUGCUGAUCUCCCUAAAGCUUAUCUGAAUCUGGUGGCAAGUGCAACUUCACAGGUUGUUUAUGGUUAUAAAUCGCCCUACUUCAGUACGGACACGAGGACUGUGCCGCUUUUCCAAACUUCUACUCCCAAUAACCCAACGUUUAGUGAACUGACUAUAGUGAAGUUUGAGCAGCCACUGAAGUGUGGUGCCAAGUAUCCAGUGACAAUCAAGUAUUCCUUUGUUGGAGAAACCGGUGACUACAGUGCUGACAUCCUCUAUAUGGUGUUGUCCAGAGGAGUGAUUGUUCU